AUGGCCACCCCGGCCCUUUUGGUUGUGGAGACUUCCUGCCUGAAUGCGGAGAAAACCUUGGCUGCCCAGUUCGGCUCACGAGGAAGUUGGGAGCAAAACCUCAAUCUGCCGUUGAACUUCCUGGGUCUCCAGUUUCAAAAUGGAAAUUCGCGAAUUAGAGGGGAAGGAAAAACUCGAGGAGGUAUCGCGAUUGGUAAAAUCACUUGCCAAGGAUAUAAAAACAAGUCAUCUUCAAGCUUCUCAAAAUCCGUCAACACUGAAUGCGAUCUUGAAGAAAAUUCUGAUGAUGAAUUUUUGGCAUCGCGUUUGCUAUUCCUAGCCACCUACGACACUGAUUUAGACUUUGAUAAAUUGAUUGAUAACAACAAUCUCGGGGAAUAUAUCAAUAAUCACAUAUAUCGACAUUCGAAACGAUUCUCCAAAGCCAGAAAGAAGAAGCUCGAUCAAAUGGAUGAGCUUGCACUCUCAGAAACGUUAAAACUGAUGUUCAAUAUCACCAACUUCUACCCUCACCGAGUUGACGCAUUCUCGCCUUCAAUUCCGCAUAUUUUGAAGAUACUAAGCCGCAUUGAAAUACCCACCCCGCCGCUCCAGGCCCCUGUCAACUACCUCAUCAACUCCCUUCUCAACCUCGACCUUGAAGCAAAGAAAAGCAAACACUUCGGGACAAACCCCUUGUUUCCCAAAUUCGACCAGAACUGCAAUGUAGACAAGUUGAUAAAUAUUCUAGAUCAAGCUGUCGCGAUGCAUAAACCCCAACACCUCGAAAGUCUAGCCGUACCUCUUCUCACAUUGUUACGGAAAAUCUAUUCCUUCGCACCUGAAGGUCCCAAAAAAUAUAUGGAAUGGCUGCUCCUUCCUGAAGAUAACGACCAUGACCUUCCUAUCGGCAAAUCAAAUACACUCUCCUCUCGCCUCCUGCGUCUAUCAACUUCGCCUGUAGCCCCAAGUCUCCGUGAAGGCAUAUCCGCUCUGAUGUUCGAACUUUCUGGUAGCGACGCAACUGAUUUUGUGAGAAAUGUUGGGUAUGGAUUUGCUGCUGGUUUCCUCAUGUCGCAUGAUAUGCCGGUUCCAGAGACAGCCAAAGAAGCAUUCAGCACCAGUGCUGGUGGGCUUGAUCCAAAUCUGAAUCCCAUUACUGGGCAGAGAUGGGAUGCGGAACCCCAAGAUGGAGGCCCGGAAAUGACAGAGGAGGAAAAAGAGCGAGAAGCAGAGAGAUUGUUUAUUUUGUUUGAAAGGCUAAAAGCUACUGGUGUGGUUGACGUAGAAAAUCCCGUCAGUGCUGCUCUCCAAACGGGGCGAUUUGAAGAACUGGGCUGA